AUGAGAACAGUUCAUGCAGCACCUGCAAGGAACAUGUUGUUGUUUUCUUUUUUUGGUUGUGUGUGUGCGCAUCCUAGAAGCCUACGUAAUAAUGCAAUACUUGGUCUUCACUUGCCUCUGAUGUUUGAUCCGAGCUGCAGCCGUUUGGCAUUUUUCCACUGUACAGGCCGGGGAAAAGCCAUGCCUGGCGUUCCACACGCGAACUUGCUGGCGCUUGCUUCGGCGGCCGUCGUCUUUGUUGUGGGUGGAAUGUAUGUAUACUCUUGGAUUGUCUAUUUUUCAACGCAAGCCGCCGAAGAGAUCAUCGCCCAGAACGGUCCCACGACCACCGUGCCCACCGUCGGGGGUUUGAUCUCCCGAGUGGUUCAACACCUUGCCUACCUUCUGUUCAUUUUCGCAGAUGUGGCCAGUGCAUGGCUUCCUUUGAUUGCGGCCUUCUUGGUGGCUGUCCACUACCAUCCAUAG